AUGAUGGUGUGUUCCAGUUCUCCUUCUGCAGUCACUUCAGCUCGACCGUUACUGCAAGCUCUGAGUAUGAAUACCUCACUGUACAACAUCCCUUUUAAUGAACCGACGUCAGAUGCACAGCAACAAAUUUUUCUCCGAUUACUGGAAGAAAAUAGCACACCGAAUGAUAAAGCGGCCAGUACCCUAUACUUCAGACAGAUAUUCUCUGACGAUCUGCCAAGGGAUAUACCUAAUCCAGAAAGAUACACACGUUUGGUGAGAUUUGUAGUGAAUGUGAAGAAGGAAAUAGGUUGCGUGCCUGUCACCCGUGUACAAACCAUCGAGCUUUGUAAAUUGAUAACUGCCCUAUUCCGUCGCAGACAAGUGCAACAAUACUGCAGAUCACUCAAACUGCAGUGUCGUUCGUUGUCGCACAAAUCUCCCUUCGAUAUUCGACGCGAAGCCGCUUGGAUGUGUUCGAAUAUUGCAGCCAGCGGACCCGAGCACGCCGAUUUGCUGUUCUUGGCUGAGAAUGUUUACGCAAUGCUCCUCGAAGGUGUAGAAUCGUCAGAGAGAAAAUUCAAGAAGUCUGGAAGAAGCCUUGCUCAAACCGUAACGAAUGAAGUGGAACUUGGGCAGCAGCUCACAUCACUUUCUGUGAAGAGCGGCUAUUCAUCUAUCCAAUUAGUUUCUCAAGAAUGUAUGUGGACCAUUGUUAAUUUGCUUACUGGUGCAAACCGUGAUAGGAUUGGACUGAUGAUGGGAUCUGGUGUGUUCUUCAUUCUACCAAAUCUUCUGUCAACACCAGAUCCUCGACUAACCGAACGGACACUGAAUGCGAUGCGCUUGCUACUACCUCUAUAUCCAGAACAUGUUAGCUAUGUUUCGGAUUCAAAUAUGUUGGACUUCGUGGAACCGAGUCUGCUUGAGAAUGAUGCACACCUGCAGGAGUUGAAGAACGAGAUUGAGAUUUUUAUAAACGCCACAGCAGCACCAGCUUUGCCACCGUGUGCAUUCUCAUUUGUAGAUUAA